AGUCACCCAACGUCACUGUCGUAAAAAAAAACAGCACUUGACGGCAAAUUGUCAUUUUAAAAAUUCGACAUGGCUUCUUCUCUGAUUUGUGGCGAAACUCAAAGCAGGGUGAGUUCAGUUCUGAACAGAGAUGUGAAGCAGUAUGGGAAGAAGUACAUGUUUGACUGCAAUGAAGAGACAUGCUGGAACUCAGACCAGGGUGAAUGUCAAUGGGUGACUCUGGAGUUCCCCCAGGCUGUCAGGGUGUCCCAGUUAAAGGUCCAGUUCCAAGGAGGCUUCUCGUCCAAAACAUGCAGACUAGAAGGUUAUCUCAAAGAUGGAGAUUUUACAGUGAUCAGCGAUUUUUACCCAGAGGACAACAACUCCCUUCAGAGCUUUCCCAUACAGGAGGCCCCUGUAGUGGAUAAAUUAAAAAUAAUGUUUGAGAAUAGUGCUGACUUUUUUGGGAGAAUAAUUGUUUAUUCCUUGGAUGUCCUGGGGGAAAAGGCCUCAUGAACAUUUUUUUUAAAACCCUCUCAUGAGAGAGGAAAUGACCCCUGAGUGAAGCACGGGACACAGGAUGGUGUGGUGGCACUUGGGGGAGACAUGUCAUCUGUACCGCCACCUCGUGAACUGAUGUGAAUGUGGCCUUUUUUGGUAUGGAGGACUUCAGGGAUGUUACAAGCUAUCUCACUCUUCAUCACUCAAACACACAAGGCUUGACAUAAAGUCUGAAUCUUGAGUUUUUACUGCAGAUUUUAUGGGUUUAUUGUGAUUAUAAGAGCACAUGUAAUCACACUCUCUAUACCUACAGUACUAUAUAUUGUGCCUUUGGGAUGACAGGCUAUUCCAGUGGAACACACAGUAUAAAAAUACAUUUUUAUUAAAACUUGUUUACAGUCCUUUUUUUUGCUAUCCUUCAGCCAAACAAAAUAACUCUGCUGCACAAAUGUUGCAUUUUAGUCCUUGUUUGUACAAAGUUUGUGUACACUGCAAUGCAUACAAAGUAAUGCGUACGAAUCGAAUAAACGAUUUAUAAAAUAACAAA